UCUAGAGCAACCCACCUAGCUCCAGUCACGUCACCCCACCAACCCCACCAAUCCUCACAACCCACCAUGCCGCCCCGUCUCCGUCUCCACGCACCGCGCCUUCCGCAAGCCCGCAGCUUCGUCUCCCACUCGCACCCGACGGCAGCCACAGAUGCAUACACACCGCUGGAGUCAACGCUCCUCACCACAGCGCUGACGCACGUUCCCACUUACGGCUUCACGAGCACCAGCCUCCUGCACUCUCUGCGGCGACACGGGUACCCCGACACAAGCCUCGCACUGUUCCCACGGGGGGCGUUCUCACUGGUACAAUGGCACCUGGUAUCUCAGCGGGCGGCCCUCGCUCGCUCCGACACUCCCACCCCCGGAUCUCCACCGGGCAUCCGCGACUUGAUCGUAGCGCGGCUGCGCGGUAACAUCGAGGUCCUGCCGCGCUGGCAGGAGGCCCUCGCGAUCAUGUCGCUCGGCGAGAAUAUCCCCGAGAGCGUCCGCGAGCUCGCAAGGCUCAGCGACGAUAUCGUUUUCCUGUCGGGUGAUACCCAUGUCGAUACUAGGUGGUACUCGCGCAGGGCGGUGGUCGCUGCGGUUUACGCUUCCGCUGAGCUGUUCAUGACUACGGAUCGGUCGCCCGAGUUUAGGGAUACGUGGGAGUUUGUGGACAGACGGCUACGAGAUGUGGACGUGGCCACUGGCGUGGCGGAGGGGGUGGUGGGGUAUUUGGGAUUCACGGCGAGGGCGGCAAUCAAUGUGGCGAGGUCGAAGAAUGUUCUCGGGUUUUGAGCUGGUAUUGGGGCUGUACAUAUGAUGGCGUGGAAUAUGAAGACAGGAGA